CUAGCGGGCUUCCUUGGUCAAAAUAAGCCACACUCUUCAUGGAUCGGGCGCGUCGACUCCUAGCUUUUGACCCCAGGGAUAAAGUCUUCGCGAUACUCACUCUGCUAAAAUACAUGGAUAUCAGCUUGCCACCACCGGAUUACUCGAAGUCCGUGUCAGACAUAUACAUCGAGACCGCGGUGGCAUUCCUAGGAUGCAACGGGAACAUGGAAAUAGGCAAUAUGACAGGUUUGCCCUCCUGGGUCCCGGAUCUCUCAGCACGCGAACACCCUAAGCUGCCUUGGUUCGGGGAGGGCUCAUCGGUCUCGGUACCAGCCUUCCAGUUUCUAAAUCAUAAUCGCGUAUUACAAUUGAAAGGAGUUGCGGUUGGUACAGUAGCGUCAGUAUCAGGCCCCAGCAUUUUGUUUGAACCCCAGGAUCUCUGCCACCCACAAGAGCAUACCGAAUGGAUGCAAAAGGAGGGCAGCUCGACGAUGGUGUUUCAAGACCUGCUCAAAGCUAGUCCAGCGCACGCACAACUCAUAUAUGACGUCCGUCACUGCGGCGUCUUGCGAAACCUCGUGGCCUUUGCUACAACGUACGCAACAAGCCGAGAGACUGCGCGACCUACAUGCUUGCCUCCGCAGCAACCUCGACACAAGACUAGACUACUUGCGGAUUCGCUUUGGCAUAAGUGGCUCCUAAUCAUUACCUCUAAUUCGCAACCUCCUAAAGUCGUCGGAGAGGAAACCAAACUAAGCGGCCGUUGGUCCAUCACGACAAUACAAGAUACUCCGUCAAUGCUACCACUCGUGGACAUGCCCGAGCUUAUGGCUCUGUGGAUGGCUACCCAAGACGCAGAUAUCUUAGAGUACCACGAGAACAUCCGGAAGAUACGCAUGUUCAAGACGCUCUUCAGAACUGCUGCAGGUCGACUGGGCAUUGCACCACGCUCAGUUCGGACCGGAGAUAUGAUCGUGUCAAUUGCGGGCUCGACACUGCCAAUGCUUCUUCGAAGCGAUGGGGAAAACUGUCGUCUGAUUUGUCCCGCAUUCGUGAAUGGCAUGGAGGGAGAGAAAUGGCCAGCGGAUGCUGAUGCACAGCUUCAAUGGUUCAUGCUUGUAUAACAAGAAUUGCGACGCUCGAACGAGACCCUGCACAUAC